UGAAGGACUAAGGCCUUUCAACCCAUGUAGUGGGCAGAGUUGAGCCUCCUGAAUUGCCAGCAUGGUUCUGUGGUGCCAGGAAUAGGGCAGAGGCAUUUUACCCUUCCAGGAAGCCUAAAUUUAGUUUGCAAGAAGUAUUUACUGAGCACUUGGCAAGAGGUUGUGGGCUGCACUGCACCACCAGACUACACUUCCCUGGCCAAGAGGGCACCACAGAACACCCGCUGUGUACUGUGUAGAGUAGCAGACUCUUGUUGGCCUGCCAGUUUUGCUGUGGCUUACGUAAAGUAACAGUUUCAAAAGCAGGCCUUUCAGCUUUUGAAAUGAUGACAAAGCAGAGAAUGGUAAUCAGGUUUAGGGAAUCUCGGGGACAAAGUCUUAGGGGCGGUUCUAUGCCAGCGAGAUCACACCAGCAGGCAGACAGGAGCAGUCUACACACAUUUAGGCAGCCAGAAGGUGCCAUGGCUAUGGGGCUGCGACUGGCUCUGUUGCUGUCACUGCUGUCACUGCUGAAGGUACUGGGAUAUCCCAUCUGGCCUUCAGCUGGGGCCUUAGCCCUGCGCUGGCUCCUGGGUGACCUUACCUGUUGUGGUUUGCUUGGCCUGAUCAUUAUGGCGUGGCCAGGACUCAGUCCCUGGAUGCCCCCCUGGCUGAGCCUAGUGGCCACAGUGCCUAUACUGAGCCUGUUACCUCCACGACCACCUCCUGGACUGCUCUGGCUGCCGGCAGACCUGAUCUACAUCUUGGGGCUCUUGAACUUGGGCCUGAAAGUCAGCGCCCGCCUGAGCCGCAGGCCCCCACAUACCUUCGUGGACUGCUUUGAGCGGCGAGCACGUGAGCAGCCAGACCGUGUGCCCUUGGUGUGUACAGGGUACGGGGGACACUCAGUGACCUACCGGGAGCUGGACACCCGUGCCUGCCAGGCAGCGUGGGCUCUCAAGGCCUUGCUGAAGGAUCCCACAGGCCACGCUUCCAAGGAAUCUGCUGCCCUCCUGGUGUUGCCCUCCAAGACAAUUCCAGCCCUGGGUUUGUGGCUGGGGUUGGCCAAGCUUGGCUGCUCAGUGGCCUGGAUCAAUCCAAACAGCCGAGGGGCACCCCUGGUACACUCUGUGCUGAGCUCCGGGGCCCAGUUGCUGCUGGUGGACCCAGAGCUCCGGGACAGACUGGAGGAGGUCCUCCCCAAACUGCUUGCAGAGAACAUCCGCUGCUUCUACCUUAGCCACUCCUCCCCCACACCGGAAGUGGGGGCUCUGGGACCUGCCCUUGAGAAAGCACCCCUGGACCCUGUGCCUGCUGACCUACGUUCUGGGAUCACAGGGAAAAGCCCUGCCCUUUUUAUCUAUACCUCAGGAACAACUGGACUCCCAAAGCCCGUCAUCCUGACGCAUAAGAGGCUACUUCAGAUGUGCGGCAUGCUGUCUCUGUGCGGGGUCACAGCUGAUGACAAAGUCUACACAGUCUUGCCUCUCUAUCAUGUCAUGGGCCUUGUCCUUGGGGUCCUUGGAUGCCUGGAGCUUGGAGCUACUUGUGUCCUGGCUCCGAAGUUCUCAGCCUCCUGCUUCUGGGAUGACUGUCGACAGCAUGGUGUGACUGUUGUGCUGUAUGUGGGUGAGGUCCUGCGGUACCUCUGCAACAUUCCCCAGCAACCAGAGGACCAGAUGCAUACAGUCCGCCUGGCGAUUGGCAAUGGACUCCGAGCUGACGUGUGGAAGACCUUCCUGCAGCGCUUUGGCCCCAUGCAGAUAAUUGAAGUCUAUGGUUCCACAGAGGGCAAUGUGGGUUUUGUCAACUACACAGGGCGCUGUGGGGCCCUGGGAAAGAUGAGCUGCAUCCUCCGAAUGCUGGCCCCCUUUGAGCUCGUACAGUUUGAUACAGAGGCAGCAGAGCCUAUAAGGAACAAUCAGGGUUUUUGCAUCCCUGUGGGGCCAGGGGAGGCAGGCCUUCUGCUGACCCAGGUGUCGGGUCUCAACCCCUUCUUCGGGUACCGCGGGCCCCGGGAACUGUCGGAACGCAAGUUGGUGCGGAACGUGAAGCGAACAGGCGAUGUUUAUGUCAACACCGGGGACGUGCUGACCAUGGACCACGAAGGCUUCCUCUACUUCCGGGACCGCCUCGGGGACACUUUCCGCUGGAAGGGCGAGAACGUGUCCACGAGGGAGGUGGAGGGCGUGCUGUCGCUUGUCGACUUCCUGCAGGAGGUUAACGUAUACGGUGUGCCUGUCCCAGGAUGCGAGGGUAAGGUGGGCAUGGCAGCAGUGCAGCUGGUCCCAGGGCAGACGUUCGAUGGACAGACACUUUACCAGCAUGUGCAAACCUGGCUGCCUCCCUACGCAAGGCCUCACUUCAUUCGUAUCCAGGAUGCCCUGGAGCUAACUAGCACUUUCAAACUGGUGAAAUCCCAUCUGGUGCGUGAGGGCUUCAGUGUAGACGUGGUCGCUGAUCCCUUGUUCGUGCUAGACAGCCAAGCUCAGACCUUCCGGCCCCUGACACUGGACACCUACCAGGCUGUGUGUGACGGAAGAUGGAAACUCUGACCAUCUGACCCGCCCACAGAACACAGGAGUGGGACCCAGUGCUGACUUACACCUGCAUUGUCAUGUCACCCCAGACACGUGAGGUGGCACCCUAACUGCCCAGCCUGAGCUAUUUCCAGGUGCAAGGCACAGGCCAGGGCCCAGUAGCAGAGUGACAAUAAACUCAGAUAUAUACAGA